GUCCAUCUUCUGCUUAUCCUCACUUGGGUUGCAUGUGUGGUGGGCUAUUUAUUGUAUACUAAGGAAAAUGUUAUAAAGAAACAUCUGAGAACCACAACAAACAAUGAAAGUGGGCUUGACCAUGCAAAUGAGGAGCAAACGGAAUCGGACAGUGACUGUUGGGCUUGGGCAUCACUCAUCUGAUUGGCUGCUUUUGUUCUUUUGAACUGGAAGUGUCCCUUUUCCUUUUUCGGGGGACGGGUUGGCAGGGAGGGGGUUCACUCACAGGCAACAGACCUCUUCAUUACAGUUAGGUGGCCAUGCUGUGUGGACUCUUGAAUGGUGUGGCAUGCCGAUGAUGUGUGGAAUAUAGAGGAAAAAAAAAACAGAUGGCACUACAGGCUCCUCAGAGGCAUGAGAAGGCCGGCUGGCCAAGGGAAGAGUUGAGCUGCCUCCUGGUUGGGGAUGGAGCUGUGGGGAAGACGAGCAUGAUCAUCAGCUACAUCUUCAAUGGGUACAAGAGCGAGUACAGGCAGACGACUUUCGACGUGUUUACUGGUUUGGUUUAUGUAAAUGGAGUGCAAACACGACUUAAACUGAUCGAUACAGCUGGACAGGAUGAGUUUGGCCAUCUUCGCUCUCUAUGCUACGCCCACGUGGACGUCUUCAUCCUAUGUUUCAGCCUCAUCAAUCCCGUUUCGUUGGACAACAUCACUUCCAAAUGGAUCCCGCAGAUCCGUGCACAGAAUCCCAGCUCCCCCAUCAUCUUGGUGGGUACCCAGUCUGACCUUUGCCAUGACGCGGACAUCCUCGUUCAUCUGGCCCGGCGGCGUGCCAAACCAGUUGCACCGGGCCAGGCCAAGAGGCUGGCACGCAGGAUCCGAGCUUACGGCUACAUGGAGUGUUCGGCUCUGACCCAGCACCGCCUCAAAGAUGUGUUUGACUGUGCCAUCUUCGCUGCCAUCAAGCACAAGCACAAUGCUGCAAAAACCAAAACGCUUGGCUUGAUUAAAUGCCUGAAGACUUUUUGUGAAUGUGGAUGGAGGAGAAUCUUCAAAUAAUGUGAGGAGAUUGGCUGCUGUGUCUAGGACUGGAGUGGCAAACCUUUUUCUCAGUUGUGUAUAUUAUAAACAUUUUGGGCUUUUGAUAACAGUUCCUCUUGGCUUUUAUUUCUUUUUCAAAUUGGAUGGCCCACGAACUAUGGGUUCCAUACACUUGAUUGAUGAAAUGGACAAACCAAAAUGGACAUCAGGAAGCCACAUUACUCUGUCAUGUUUUCUUCAACUCCUGUGUUUGUUAUUAUUUUUGCCAUUCAUGUUUUUGCAUAUGUGGAAUAAGUGUACAAUAAAUGCACUACAGAGCA